GGGGCCAUGGAGUCUCAGGUGGGGGGGGGCCCGGCCGGCCCGGCCCUGCCCAACGGGCCACUCCUCGGCACGAACGGGGCGACUGACGACAGCAAGACCAACCUCAUCGUCAACUACCUGCCCCAGAACAUGACCCAGGAUGAGUUCAAGAGUCUCUUCGGCAGCAUUGGUGACAUUGAGUCCUGCAAGCUGGUUCGGGACAAGAUCACAGGGCAGAGCCUAGGCUACGGGUUCGUGAACUAUUCGGACCCCAGCGACGCGGACAAAGCCAUCAACACCCUCAACGGCCUCAAACUGCAGACAAAGACCAUCAAGGUGUCCUACGCCAGGCCCAGCUCAGCGUCCAUCCGGGAUGCGAACCUGUACGUCAGCGGGCUGCCCAAGGCCAUGAGCCAGAAGGAGAUGGAGCAGCUCUUCUCCCAGUACGGCCGCAUCAUCACCUCGCGCAUCCUGGUGGACCAGGUCACAGGCGUCUCUCGGGGCGUGGGGUUCAUCCGCUUCGACAAGAGGAUCGAAGCCGAGGAGGCCAUCAAAGGCCUGAACGGGCAGAAGCCGCUGGGCGCCGCCGAGCCCAUCACGGUGAAGUUCGCCAACAACCCGAGUCAGAAGACCGGGCAGGCCCUGCUCACGCACCUGUACCAGUCGUCCGCCAGGCGCUACGCGGGCCCCCUGCACCACCAGACACAGCGCUUCCGGCUGGACAAUCUGCUCAACAUGGCCUACGGGGUCAAGAGGCACAUGGGCAGUGGUCAUGUCUUGCCCAGCGCCGCUCCACCGGGGUUCUCCCCGAUCGCCAUCGACGGCAUGAGCGGCCUGGCGGGCGUGGGCCUGUCGGGGGGCGCGGCGGGCGCCGGCUGGUGCAUCUUCGUGUACAACCUGUCUCCGGAGGCCGACGAGAGCGUGCUGUGGCAGCUGUUCGGGCCGUUCGGCGCGGUGACCAACGUCAAGGUCAUCCGCGACUUCACCACCAACAAGUGCAAGGGCUUCGGCUUCGUCACCAUGACCAACUACGACGAGGCGGCCAUGGCCAUCGCCAGCCUCAACGGCUACCGCCUGGGCGAGCGCGUGCUGCAGGUGUCCUUCAAGACCAGCAAACAGCACAAGGCCUGAGCCGCCGCCCCGCCCCUCCCCGGGCCGCGGGGGCAGAGAGAGAGAGAGAGAGAGAGAGAGAGAGAGAGAGAGGAGGGGCCGAGAGAGACAGCCAGGCACACCCACGGAUGGACCUGCGCCCCUGCG